AUACAUUUAUUGAUACUAUUCUUUUCUGGUUUCUCACCUUUUCACUUGUUUUCUUCUUUCUCUGUCAAUUCCACAAACAAGCCUAAGCAAGAAAAAGAAAAAAAAACUCUACGAUGAGAGGCACAACGGACGAAGAAGACGGUGUCAUGAACUUCUCUGAUGUUCUUAUGAUGUCUGAUGAUGUCCUUAGCUCCGGUGAAGUAGAAGAAGACAGCUUUGGUUUCAGAUUCACCGGAAACGAUGCUCCUCAAAUGCUCUGUUUCGGCGGAGGAAACCAAAACGACACCGAUCUGCUCUUCUCACAACCCUCUUUCUCUCCCGCUUCCCCUCUCUCUUCACGCAAUAACGCCUGUGUGGUCAAUGAUCAAUCUUUUAGAUCCAAUAAGAAAACCGGGUCGGCUGAUGGGCACGACCGGGUUUGCGAUCCAAAACCCGGUAAGAGAUGCAAGCGAGAUCAGAAGAAGUCAUCGCUUGGAAAUGCUAAGGUCAAGAAAGAAAAGGUUGGUGAAAAAAUCACAACAUUGCAGCACUUGGUUUCUCCAUAUGGCAAGACAGAUGCAGCAUCAGUGUUGCAUGAAACAAUGGGUUACAUAAAAUUCUUACAAGACCAAGUUCAAGUUCUUUCAACCCCUUACUUCAAACAUAACCCUCUUGACGACGAAGACACCGGAGAAGUAAACCCGACGAUGAAAGUGAAAGAGUUGAGAAGCAAUGGUUUAUGUCUUGUUCCACUAGCUUGGACCGUACACGUGGCGAAUACUAACGGUGCUGAUUUAUGGUCCUCUGCCAUCUUGUCACCACUCACCAGUCACACCAACAGUGAACCAGUAGAGAUUGUGGAAGUCAAAUCUCAUAAAGAUAAGUAG